GUUGGUUAGACCUUGUUUGAAGUUAGGUUGAUAUAUAAUAUUGGAUGCUAUGUUGAUAGAUCUAUGAAUUAUGCUGCAUAAAAACUUUCAUAUUUGAUUAAAUGACUUAAUGGACUGCCUUGUGUUGAUGUGAACGAAUGAUAUUGUUACGUACUUGUGUGAUUGGUUGCCUUGAUUCUUGUAAUGACUGUCUUUGAAAGCUAAGUUGCUAGAAAGAACUACAUGCUAAAGUAAUUAGAUGAAGUUACAAUUGGUAUCGUUGCAAUUGGUAUCAGAACUGAGUGAAUGAUUGAAAUGAAAGAUGAAUGAUGAUGAGUGUGUUGUGUAUUGUAUGUGACACCGAGAAUGUGUCAAGGAUAAUGGAAAUGAGAACGUUAAUGAAUGUUAAUGAUAUAAGACACCGAGAAUAGGUGGCGUUUAGAAAGAUGAUGAUUAGUUAAUGUAAUGUGACCAUAAAAGGGGGCGGAAUUAAUGUAAUGGGCUGCGAAAGGGCGGGUUUAAUGUUAAUGGACGCUAUAAGAUCGAGUCAUGCCGUGUCGUGGCAGAUGUGGCUGCACGUACCUCGUGGCAGAUAGUGCCAAAAGGGGCCAAAUAGCUGCGAGCGGGUAGUUUCAUAGGAAUCCUCGAAACAGUUGUUAUCGUACGAUCUCAAAGGGCUUACACGAGGAAGGACGUCCAUGAGCAUGCCAUAGGUCCUUAGAGUCUAGGUUGUUUGGCGUCAGGUCUGUCAAGUCAGUCGACUCCAUGUGUAGCAAUGACUGAGUUAUUGCAAUGCUUGAUUGAUUGUUAGUGGCUAUUCAGUCCUUUUCUCCUCAUUGAGUAGCAUAAAGUUUCGUGCGGGGAGUCUGGUAAAACUACUUUACUGAGUAACAUAUUUAUUCAUUCCCUCCAUUCAAUUUCUCUGUGAGCAUGACUGUAAACAAAAGUAUAUGAAUUAUGGUUGGAUUGGUAUUUCACAGAAGGCAGUGCGUCCAUGAUCUUCGGGACCUGUAACGGUACACAGAGGAGGUCUAAAAUGAGUAGACACGUGUCUAUAACGUCUACUCCGAACCCCGGUUUAGACUUCAGGGGAGCAGGCCGUUACACGUGCUUAAUUAGAUAUCCAAUUUAAGAAACUUUUGGAUGUUUCAGAUUCUGAUGAAACUAGUACUUGAAGUAUUCAGUUUUCUGGGGUCUUAUAUAAACUUAAUGCAUAUGUACAUUAACUGACUGUGAAUACGAGAUUUGACUUAAAGAUGUCUUCGAAAAUGAUAGUCUACUACCACACUUAAAAAUCUUCGACACAAUAUAACGACCAUAUAUAUUAUUCUAUAAAGACUAUAUAGAGUCAUAAAUUAUUAUGCAUAUAAACAAUUAUAGUAUGACCUAUGAAGGUGAACAAGAAAAUUAAAGGAUAUCCAAUGUGGCAACCACCCACAAACUUUAUUAUAAAUAUAAGUAGACAGGAAGGAGGUGGUUGUUAAACGCAAAGAAAACAUUCGAUUUUACAGAAACAAACCUAGAUAAAUCUUUUUAAAAAAUCAAGAGAGAGAGAGAAAAUGAAGGAAGAACAAUGGGCACCAGUAAUAGUAAUGCUAAUAUCAAGUGUUGCAAUGGGUUCAGUUAAUGCUCUCGUUAAGAAAGCGCUUGAUGUUGGUGUUAAUCAUAUGAUCUUUGCUGCAUAUAGAAUGUCUAUUUCUGCUUUGAUAUUGGUUCCGUUUUCUUAUAUUUGGGAGAGGAAAACCAGACCAAUGUUAACGUUCAUGCUCUUGUGCGAGCAUUUCAUCAGCGGAUUACUUGGGGCAAGUUUGAUGCAAUUUUUCUUUCUGCUUGGACUAUCGUACACGUCACCCACUGUUGCGAUGGCUCUAAAUAGCAUGCUACCCGCUAUUACCUUUGCGCUAGCUCUUUUUUUCAGAAUAGAGAAUGCACAAAAACUGAAGAGCAGAGCAGGCGUGCUCAAGUUAAUAGGAACCCUAAUUUGCAUACUUGGAGCAAUGUUCUUAACAUUCUACAAAGGUCUUCAAGUAUCAAAUCCUCAUACUCAUCCAGAGGCUAUUGACAACAUUACAUUACAUAACAAUGGUCACGACCAAGCAAAGAAAUGGCUUCUAGGCUGUGUUUACUUGUUCACUGGGAUAGUGUUAUUGUCGCUAUGGAUGUUGUUUCAAGGGAAAUUAAGCGUUAAGUAUCCGUGUACUAAGUACUCAAGUACUUGCCUCAUGUCGGUCUUCGCAGCAUUUCAAUGUGCCAUUUUGAGUCUUUAUAAGAGUAGAGAAGUCGAAGAUUGGAUCAUCAAAGACAAACUCGUCAUCUUCGUUAUCCUUUACGCUGGAAUAGUGGGACAAGCGAUGUCGACAGUGGUAACGUCAUGGUCAAUAAAAAGGACGGGAGCAGUCUUCGUGUCAACAUUUAGCCCCGUUAGCCUCGUGUCCGCUACGUUAUUCGAUUUCCUCAUCUUGCGCUCUCCUUUAUACCUCGGCAGUAUAAUUGGAUCAGUAGUGACUAUAACGGGCCUCAACGUGUUUCUUUGGGGAAAGAGGAGUGAGACAGAUCAGACUGUUCCGAAGAUUUCGACCACUUCCAAGUCUUGUCAAAUGAUCGAAAACGAAGACAAUAUGACAGUAGAUGAUAACAAUACUAAAUUGCCUGUUUGAUACAUUAUUAUAUGAUUGAGAGAGAUAUUUGCUAUCGUAAUCGCGAUAACUGUUGGUCUUCAGCUCUUUAUUAUAAGGUUUUUGUUUUCUUAUGUAUUUUCGAGUUCUUAAAGUGAUAGAUUGAUUCAGUUAUAAUAACUCACUGUAAGUUACUAAGUAGUAACCACUUGGACUGACCGGAAACAGAAGAAGAAAGAGGCCUUGUUGGAAACC